AUGUCUUCAGGUUCGUGUACCUUAGCUACCGGAUAUCAAGUGUACCCCUCUUUUCCUUUCGCCCGCCCUAACGGUGAUGAGCCUCCGGCAGAGUUUCACCACCUUCUUCGAAGAUGUCCUGUUUCCCACGUGGAGCUUUGGGAUGGAAGUCAUCCAUGGAUGGUGGUGAAGCACAAGGAUGUGCGUGACGUCCUCACGGACCCUCGCCUCUCUAAGGUUCGUCAGAGAGAAGGGUUUCCCGAGAUGUCUCCCGGCGGAAAGGAGGCCGCCAAAAAUCGACCGACCUUCGUGGAUAUGGAUCCGCCGGAUCAUACCCGACAGAGAGACAUGGUUAGCGGCUUUUUCACUGAUGACUAUGUCGAGCAACUUGUUCCAUUCAUUCAAGAGACCGUUCAGCGUUAUCUGGGUGAAUUGCUCGAAGCCCACAAGGGCAAGAAGGCGGUUGACCUUGUGAAGUAUUUUGCUCUGCCGAUCCCCUCUAAAGUUAUAUAUAAGCUCCUCGGUAUCCCCGAGGAGGACUUCGAAUACCUGAGCAGUUGUAGUGCUACCCGAAGCAAUGGGAGCAGCACCGCUGCAGCUGCGCAACACGCUAAUCAGGAGCUUCUUGACUACCUAGAGCGGUUGACCGACCAGAAAAUCAUCAAACAAGGCAACGAUAUUAUAAGCACACUUAUCGUGGAACAGCUGAACCCAGGACACUUGGAGAAGCUUGAUGUUGUCCAGAUUGCCUUCCUUCUCUUGGUCGCUGGAAAUGCUACCAUGGUCAGCAUGAUUUGCCUGGGUGUAGUAACGUUGCAAGAACACCCAGAUCAACUAUCGUGUCUCAUAGAAGACCCAUCACUGUCAAAGCUAUUCGUUGAAGAGCUUUGCCGUUAUCACACAGCGUCUUCAUUUGCUACACGCCGAGUAGCCACGGUUGAUCUAGAGAUUCGUGGAAAUAAUAUAAAAGCUGGCGAAGGAAUAAUUGCCUCCAACCAGGCAGCCAAUCGUGACCCCGACGUCUUCCCAGAUCCAGACACCUUCAAUAUGUUCCGAAAGCGGGGUUCAGAGGAAGGACUUGGCUUUGGUUACGGUGUACAUCGCUGUAUAGCUGAACGACUUGCCCGUGCAGAACUCGAGACUGUCUUCUCAAUCUUGUUCCAGACAAUCCCAGGCCUUCGGCCCGCCGUUCCGAAGCAAAGCGUCAAAUGGACACCUGCUACCAAGGACGUUGGGAUUCUCGAGCUUCCUGUGACGUGGGGAUUCUCCAGUUCCUUGUGA